UCCACUGUCAUGGCGGAGACGGAGCGGACUAGGAGCUGAUUCAGGAAGAGAUGGCGCUGUAAAGUGGGUUACCGCUGAAACUUCACUCCAACAGUUCCCACAGGGAGCAAGAGGAUUGUCUUCUCUUUGGAGGGCCCACCGAGAGCCAAUGUCGGACGUUCCUUGCUUUAUAUUUUGUAGUUUUUUGCGUCUUGUUCUUAUCGGUACGUCUAACGUUAACGUUACCUGCGCGGAAUCUCUUCAUCACCGCUGUUUCCUGUUUGACAAACACUCGCAAACACUUAAAUGACAAUUUUGUUUAAAUGUCUUUCCUUUAUUAGUCCGGCGGAGAUUGGCAAGCUUUGGGUUUCUUAUCUCGGCUCACCACAACGCGAUUUCGUCAUUCUUUUGUCAAGUUUAAUGCUGCUCUCCCUCUCUACCGUAGAAUAAUUCCUGUUAGUCAGGUGUAGUGACAUCAACCGACACACUGCCGAGAGCGCGAGAAACUAAAGGAUAAACUGGCUGUGAAUGGAGACCAGGACCAGUUCUCCGCAGCUGUCAACUUAACGAGAGCGAUAUAUUCCGUGUAUUUUCCCAUAGAUUUAAUUCGGCGGUAGGGUCAAACAGGUGUUUCACCUGUUCGCCUCUCACCUGACUCCGUCAUGGCGAGCGCAGGUGACAGCGCUGUUGGGAUCCCCAUCAGAGGAAUCCGCAUGAAGUUCGCCGUGCUGGCGGGGCUCCUGGAGGCUGGCGAAGUCUCCAAUCGGGACAUUGUGGAGACGAUCUUCAAUCUGCUGGUUGGGGGACAGUUUGACCUGGAGAUGAACUUCAUCAUCCAGGAGACGGAGAGCAUCAUCUGCAUGGUAGAGCUGCUGGAAAAAUGUGACUCCACUUGCCAGGCGGAGGUGUGGAGUAUGUUCACCGCCGUGCUGAAGAAGAGUUUGCGAAACCUGCAGGCCUGCACUGAUAUUGGCCUCAUCCAGCUGGUGCUCCAGUGUAUAGACCGAGUUGACACCAUAGUUGCAGAUCUGAUGGUGGACAUGCUGGGUGUGCUGGCCAGCUACAGUAUCACAGUGAAGGAACUGAAGCUGUUCUUCAGUAAUCUGAAAGGAGAACAAGGCCAAUGGCCACCUCAUGCUGUCAAGCUACUGUCCGUGUUGAAGUCCAUGGCUCAAAGAAAUGGCCCAGAUUCAUUUUUCAGCUUCCCAGGGAAGAGUGCUGCGGCUAUUGCUCUUCCACCUAUUGCAAAGUGGCCAUACCAGAAUGGCUUCACCUUCCACACCUGGCUGCGCCUGGACCCCAUCAAUAACAUAAACGUUGACAAGGACAAGCCUUAUCUCUACUGUUUCCGUACCAGCAAAAGUUUGGGCUACUCUGCACACUUUGUGGGUGGAUGUCUGAUUGUGACCUCUCUAAAAUCCAAAGCCAAAGGCUUCCAGCACUGUGUGAAAUACGACUUUAAACCCCAGAAGUGGUAUAUGGUGACCAUAGUGCACAUCUAUAACCGCUGGAAGAACAGUGAAAUCAGCUGCUAUGUCAAUGGAGAGUUGGCGUCGUAUGGCGAAAUCACCUGGUUUGUUAACACAAGCGAUACGUUCGACAAGUGUUUUCUGGGCUCAUCAGAGACGGCAGAUGCUAACCGUGUGUUCUGCGGUCAGAUGGGGGCGGUGUAUCUGUUCGGUGAAGCUCUUAGUGCUGCUCAGAUUUUAGCCAUCUAUCAGUUGGGGCCUGGAUACAAGGGCACUUUUAAGCACAAGGCAGAGAGUGACCUGCUGUUUGCAGAACAUCACAAGAUGCUGCUGUAUGAUGGAAAGCUGUCUGCCAGUAUCGCCUUCACCUAUAAUCCCCGAGCCACUGACGCUCAGCUGUGUCUGGAGUCCUCCCCCAAGGACAAUGCCUCCAUCUUUGUGCACUCACCACACGCCCUCAUGCUGCAGGAUGUUAAAGCUGUGGUGACACACUCGGUCCAGAGUGCCAUUCAUUCUAUAGGAGGAGUUCAGGUCCUUUUCCCCCUGUUUGCACAGCUGGAUUUCCUCCAGCACAGCGGUGACGAGCUGGACACCUCGGUCUGUUGCACACUACUGUCAUUUGUGAUGGAGCUGUUGAAGGGCUCUGUAGCUAUGCAAGAGCAGGUGCUGGCCUGCAAGGGCUUUCUCGUCAUCGGUUACUCACUGGAGAAGUCUUCCAAAGUACAUGUGACACGAUCUGUGCUGGAUAUCGUCCUCGCCUUCGCCCGUUACCUUAGCAACCUUCCUAAUGGGGUUUUGCUCUUGAAACAGCUGUGUGACCACAUCCUCUUCAACCCUGCCAUCUGGAUUCAUGCCCCAGCUAAGGUACAACUGGUUCUCUACACCUACCUGGCCACAGAAUUCAUUAGCACCGUCAAUAUCUACAAUGCCAUCCGCAGAGUUGGAACUGUACUGCAGGUCAUGCACACACUCAAGUAUUUCUACUGGGUUGUAAGCCCACUGGACCGCAGCGGAAUCACGCCCAAGGGCCUCGAUGGGCCGAGACCCAAUCAAAAGGAGAUUCACUCUCUCCGAGCGUUCCUGUUGCUGUUUGUCAAACAGCUUAUCAUGAAGGAUCAUGGCGUAAAGGAAGACGAACUGCAGAGCAUUCUGAACUACCUGCUCACAAUGCACGAGGAUGAUAAUCUGAUGGAUGUUCUCCAGCUACUGGUGGCACUGAUGUCUGAGCAUCCUGGCUCAAUGGUUCAAGCCUUCGAUCAGCGGAAUGGAAUACGGGUCAUCUUUAAGCUGCUUGCAUCCAAAAGUGAAGGGAUUCGUGUGCAGGGACUCAAAGUCUUGGGCUACUUUCUCAAAUAUUUGUCUCCAAAGACAAAGUCAGAGGUCAUGCUGGCUCACGGCCUGUUCUCUCUGCUCACUGAACGAUUGUUGCUCCACUCGAACCAGAUCACAGUCACAACGUACAACGUGCUCUUUGAGAUUCUUACGGAGCAGAUCUGUACUCAGGUCAUUCACAAACAGCACCCAGACCCUGACUCCACUGUGAAGAUUCAAAACCCACAGAUCCUAAAAGUGAUAGCUGCUCUUUUAAAGAAUGCUCCUCCAGGAGCAGAAAGCAUGGAAGUACGACGUAUCUUUCUCUCAGACAUGAUCAAACUCUUCAACAACAGCCGAGAGAACCGCAGGAGUCUGUUGCAGUGCUCGGUGUGGCAGGAGUGGAUGCUGUCUCUGUGCUUUAUUAACCCCAAGAACAGUGAGGAGCAGAAGAUCACAGAGAUGGUGUACGCCAUCUUUCGCAUUCUCCUUUAUCACGCCAUUAAGUACGAGUGGGGCGGCUGGCGCGUGUGGGUGGACACGCUCUCCAUCACACACUCCAAGGUCACCUUUGAGCAACACAAAGAUAAUCUGGCCCGCAUGUUUCUUGAGUACCAGCGUUUGGGUUCUGAGGGAGGAUCUGAAAACAGAAUCAGAACAAUCUCUGGUGCCAGUCACGAUUCUCAGUUCCUUGCCUCGGCCAAUGGUGAGCUGAAUGCAGAGGAGACCGCUCCAUCAACUGUAAUUGAGCUACGCGUGGAGGAGCAGGUCAACGAUCAGCCUAGAGAUGAUGAGGAGAUGCGGACCCAGAUCCCUGUCACAGUGUCCAACAUUCUGGCCAGAGAUGAGGAAGAGAGACAGGCAGACACUGUUGCCACCUCACUAGAGACAGAUGAAGGGAAUAAAGAUGAACAGGACACUCUGAGAGAACCAGGAAAGGAUACUGAAAUGAAAAAUAUGGAAGACAAUCAUAAAAUGGAGGCUAACAUGGAUGGAGAGUCUGAGACAUCAGAUCUGAGUGCACAGACUGCAAAUGACAAGGACGCCAAAGAUGAAACUGAAACUGUGAAGAUGUCAAAUGAAGAUGAUAGUAAAACAAGCAAUACUGAAACUGAACUAAAUACUCAAGUAGAAGAUAAAGAUAAAGGACUUGAGGAUUCUUCUCCUGAUGCUUUAAAGGAAGCCAAAGUGGAAGAAAUCACAGAUGCUUCUUCUGAGGUUUCAGCCUACCAGGAGGCUUGCAUGACUGGGACCUCAGUCAUGAAUGAAGAUAGCCCUGAUGUUUCCUCCGUCAGCAACUUCAUUAAGGUCAGUGAUGACAGCACAGAGGAGUCGUCAUUUGUUUCAGCUACUGCUGGUGAGACGGAUGACCAUGGUGUUGAAAAGGAAACCGAAACCGAAAAAGAUGAGAAGCCAGUGGAAAAUGAGAAGGCAGAGGAAACCAAGAAUACACCGGCUGCCAUGGUGGAGGUUGAUUUAAACCAAAGCACCUCCACCGAUGAGACCAAGCCUCAUACAGAGAUUACAGAGAGUCAUGGUGCUGUUGAUGCAGAACAAGCUGCAGAAGUACGUCCUUCAGAUGUAGCCGACACAUCUACGGCAGAGGUUAGCCCUAGCGCUGAAAGUAUUUCACAGGAUCCUGGAACUAACCAAGACACUCUGAAGUCAGCAGGGACUGAGAGUUCAGCAACUAAAACCAAAGAGAUUAAAAUUGCCAGACUGGAUGUGUCGAGUGUGGCCUCAGACACGGAGAGACUAGAGCUUAAGCACACCUCAACUACAAACCUGAGCUCAGAUCAAGCAGCUGCCACAAGUCCCACAGGUCAGGGCAAUGAGGGCUCGUCUUCUGCACGGUCCACCAUGUUCCGUAUCCCAGAGUUCAAGUGGUCUCAUAUGCACCAGCGUCUUCUAACCGACCUGCUGUUCUCCAUCGAGACAGAUGUGCAGAUGUGGAGAAGUCAUUCGACUAAGACAGUUAUGGACUUUGUGAACAGCAGUGAGAAUGUGGUAUUUGUGCACAACACCAUCCAUCUCGUUUCUCAGGUGGUGGACAACCUCAUCAUGGCCUGCGGAGGAAUCCUUCCUCUGCUGUCUGCAGCCACCUCCUCUUCGCAUGAGUUGGAGAAUAUCGAGCCAUCUCACGGUUUGGCUGUGGAGGCAUCACUGAUGUUCUUGCAGAGGCUGAUCAGUCUCGUGGACGUGCUUAUCUUCGCCAGUUCACUCAACUUCACUGAAAUCGAAGCAGAGAAGAACAUGUCUUCUGGAGGAAUCCUAAGACAAUGCCUACGUUUGGUGUGUGCGAUGGCUGUGAGAAACUGUCUGGAAUGUCAGCAGCACACUCUGGGUAAGUCUGGUGCAGAGAGCAGCCGUGGACAGCAAAGCCUUCUGGGAGCCGGCAAGUCUAUACCAGCACAGAGUCCUGUGGACAUUGUGACUGGAGGGAUGUCUCCUAUCAGUGAUUUAGACCGUCUUCUGCAGGACAUGGACAUCAAUCGUCUCCGUGCUGUUGUGUUCAGAGACAUAGAGGACAGUAAACAGGCUCAGUUCUUGGCCCUAGCAGUGGUCUACUUCAUCUCUGUACUCAUGGUAUCCAAAUAUCGAGAUAUACUGGAGCCACACAAUGACAAAAGAAACGCCCAGCGCUCACAGUCUAUCAGGAGCACAGAGAGUGUUCAGUCUGAUCUCGAGAACGGUUUGUCUCCUCAUCGUCGAGACUCUAGCAUUGAGGGUGAGAAGACUUCAGCCAUCCCCAGUGAUGCUGAGACACGAACCGGCCCGGACGCUGUAUCUGAAGCCUUGUCUACUUUGUCCUCUGAAGUCAGGAGAGGCUCUGAGGUCACUAAUAGAGACAGCAAAGGAAAAAACGUCAAUGUCAAGGAUAUUUUGAGAAGUCUCGUUAGCUCACCCUCUGGCGACAUCAUGGUGGACCCCAGCCUUAUACCGCCUGGGUUUCUGGCUGCAGUGGGUGAUGCCUCCCGUGACCCGUCCGUCCAGUUCCACUCCUUUGACAGGAGUGUUGUUGUUGCACCCAAGAAAGCGGGCGGGGCUCCCUCACCAGGAAUGAGCACAGUCUCCACAGCCGCAUCCGUCCCAUCAGCCACUGCUGCAUCCUCAGGUGGAACUCCAGUCGACAGUGUGUCGGUGGUGUCCGCAGGAGAUACUGUUCAAAGCACAGAGUCCGCCCCAGGAGGAACCUCCACGAGCUCCAACCUGCCAUCUGUCCCUGCCUUACCCCCAGUGACCCAGAGCUCCGCCCCCAGCAUGAGCAUCUCAGAGAGAUUGGAACAUGCUCUGGAGAAGGCAGCUCCUUUACUCCGAGAGAUUUUUGUGGAUUUCGCACCGUUCCUCUCUCGCACACUGCUGGGCAGUCACGGACAGGAGCUACUCAUCGAGGGCACCAGUCUUGUGUGUAUGAAGUCCAGCAGUUCUGUGGUUGAACUGGUCAUGCUGCUGUGUUCCCAGGAGUGGCAGAAUUCCAUCCAAAAGAAUGCGGGUUUGGCCUUCAUCGAGCUUGUGAACGAGGGCAGACUGCUGAGCCACACCAUGAAGGACCAUCUGGUGCGUGUAGCUAAUGAGGCCGAGUUCAUUCUGAGCCGCCAGAGAGCAGAGGACAUCCACAAACACGCUGAGUUUGAGUCUCAAUGUGCUCAGUAUGCCGCUGAGAAACGUGAUGAGGAGAAGAUGUGCGAUCACCUGAUCCGGGCCGCCAAGUACCGGGAUCACGUCACGUCCACCCAGCUCAUACAGAAGAUUGUAAACAUCCUCACAGACAAGCACGGUGCUUGGGGAUGCUCUGCUUUCAGCAGACCACGGGAGUUCUGGCGCCUGGACUACUGGGAGGAUGACCUGAGGAGACGUCGACGCUUCAUCAGGAACCCGUUUGGUUCCACACACUCUGAGGCCACGCUCAAGGCUGCAGCAGAGCAUGCUCCAGAGGAGGACGUGCUGAAAGGUAAACAGUCCAUCAGGAGUUCAGUGCUGGGGAAGCAGAACUCAGAGAGUGAGCUGCUGUUGGAGGACGACGACACUCUCUCAUCCUUGGAGGAGAAAGAGUUGGAGAACCUCACAGGGCCUGUUAACCUGAGCACCAGCGCACAGCUGGUUGCACCCGCUGUAGUGGUAAAAGGCACACUGUCCAUCACGGCACUAGAGUUAUACUUUGAGGUGGAUGAAGAAGACCCAAGUUUUAAGGACAUUGAUCCCAAGAUUUUAGCCUACACAGAGGGUUUGCAUGGGAAAUGGCAGUUCACAGAGAUCAGAGCGAUUUUCUCUCGCCGCUAUCUGCUACAGAACACAGCGCUGGAAGUCUUCAUGGCCAACAGGACGGCGAUCAUGUUGAACUUCCCAGAUGCGGCUACAGUGAAAAAGGUGGUCCACUGUCUCCCCAGAGUUGGAGUCGGCACGAAUUUUGGCCUUCCUCAGACCAGACGGAUUUCUCUGGCCAGCCCGAAACAGCUCUACAAGGCCUCCAACAUGACCCAGCGUUGGCAAAGACGAGAGAUCUCCAACUUUGAGUACCUCAUGUUCCUCAACACCAUUUCAGGCCGUACAUUUAAUGAUCUGAACCAGUAUCCUGUGUUCCCCUGGGUAAUCACCAACUACGACAGUGAAGAUCUCGAUCUCACCCUGCCCAGUAACUACAGAGAUCUGUCCAAGCCCAUUGGUGCACUCAACCCAAAGAGAGCUGCAUUCUUCUCAGAACGUUUUGAAUCAUGGGAGGACGAUCAGGUGCCCAAAUUCCACUACGGCACACACUAUUCCACCUCCAGCUUUACUCAGAUGUGGCUACUCAGGACUGAGCCUUUCACAACAUUCUUCCUGAAUUUCCAAGGUGGGAAAUUUGACCAUGCAGAUCGCACUUUCUCCUCAGUGUCCAGAGCCUGGAGAAACUGCCAGAGGGACACAUCUGACGUGAAGGAAUUGAUCCCUGAGUUCUAUUACCUCCCAGAGAUGUUUGUCAACUCCAAUAAUUACAAUCUGGGAGUGAUGGAUGAUGGGACGGUGGUGUCAGAUGUGGAGCUGCCGCCUUGGGCCAAGAGUCCUGAGGAUUUCGUACGCAUCAACCGACUCGCUCUGGAGAGUGAGUUUGUGUCCUGUCAGCUGCAUCAGUGGAUUGAUCUGAUAUUCGGAUACAAGCAGCAGGGACCUGAAGCCAUCAGAGCUCUCAAUGUCUUCUACUACCUGACUUAUGAAGGAGCGGUCAACCUCAGCUCCAUAUCUGACCCCAUGCUCAGAGAGGCUGUGGAGUCUCAAAUCAGAAGUUUUGGACAGACACCCUGCCAGCUGCUAAUUGAGCCCCACAUGCCACGCAGCUCUGCCAUGCAGGUGUAUCUCCUUCUGCAGACCCCACUGAUGUUCACAGAGCAGAUGCAGCAGGAUGUCAUCAUGGUCCUCAAGUUCCCGUCCAACUCGCCUGUCACCCACGUGGCCGCCAACACACAGUCAGGCCUGACCAACCCAGCGGUCAUCACCGUCACCGCCAACCGCCUCUUCGCCGUCAACAAGUGGCACGGUCUCACUGGUCAUCAAAGCUCUUCUGUGCAGGACCAGCAGUACCAGUUACCGGUGGAGAUUGACCCUUUGAUAGCCAAUAAUGUGGGCACUCACAGGAGGCAGAUCUCAGAUCUGUUAGAUCAGAGCAUCCAGGUAAACGCUCAGUGUUUUGUCAUCACAGCUGACAACCGCUUCAUCCUGCUGUGUGGAUUCUGGGACAAGAGCUUCCGCGUCUACUCUACUGAUACAGGUAAACUGACACAGAUUGUGUUUGGGCAUCUUGAUGUGGUGACCUGUCUGGCUCGCUCAGAAUCCUACAUUGGUGGAGACUGUUACGUUCUCUCCGGCUCCAGAGACGCCACACUACUGCUCUGGUACUGGAACGGCAAGCACAGCAGCAUUGGAGAGAACCCUGGGACUGAGUUUGUGACUCCUCGGGCGAUCCUGACCGGUCAUGAUUGUGAGGUGACGUGUGCGAGUGUGUGUGCAGAGCUGGGACUGGUCAUCAGUGGCUGCAGAGAGGGUCCAUGUCUUGUCCACUCUAUGAACGGUGACCUGUUGAGGACUCUGGAGGGUCCAGACGGCUGUGUGCGGCCACGUUUGGUUAUGUCCUCCACUGAGGGUCACUGUGUCAUUUAUUAUGACAAGGGCCACUUCUGUGUGUUCAGCAUCAAUGGGAAACUACUGGGACAUAUGGAGGUGGAAGACAACAUCAAGGCGAUGCUGCUAAGUAAAGACGGACAGUAUCUGCUGUCUGGAGGAGAUUCAGGAGUUCUCAGCUUGUGGCAGAUUCAUGAUCUCAAACAGCUCUUCACUUACCCAGGAUGUGAUGCUGGAAUACGCUCUAUGGCUAUGUCACAUGACCAAAGAUGCAUCAUCACUGGAAUGGCGUCUGGUAGCAUCGUUCUGUUCUACAAUGAUUUCAACAGAUGGCACCACGAAUACCAAACUAGAUACUGACCAGUGACGGCAGAGGGAACACAGCAACCAUGACAAUGGAACAAGCGAAGCCACCGUUCAUAAAGGCACUACCAAUAGUCAUGAAUGUAUUCAAAAUAUUUCAAGAAGCAAAACUAUUUUUUAAAGAUGGCAUUGCUAUAUUUUGUAGAUCUUAUGGAAUUUCUUACUAUAUAAAUCCUAGGGGAGGGGUUAUAUACCUAAUAUUUGGAGGGGGAAAUAUCUAUUUUUAGCUGUCAAAGUCAAUUUUCACCUUUGCUCUAGUGAAAAAGACUGGUCUGAGUGGUCAAUAGCUAAGUGACUAUAUUUACUUCUAGUGUCUAUGAUAGAUGAUUUUUUUGUGUGUGUAACUUUGGGCAGGUGAGUUUGUUUUGUUUUUUUCAGUUGCAGUGAUUAUUUUGACAGGAUGUCUCUAAACUUCAUGUUUUGUAGUUUAAUAGCACAGUUCCUGAAGCUAAAAGGAAGCUGCCUCAUUUUUGGGAGAAAUAAAUUACUCUUCCAAGUGGAACUAUUCAAUGAUAUUCCAAAAUAAAAUUAGAUAGCUGCCUGCAGACAUAUCAAGGCAUCCGCUUUAAAUGUUCACUUUAUGAAUGGAAAAGUGGCUUCUUUUCUAAUGAGAGCUUUUUUGUCGGUGAUUGUUAAACAUGAAUGGACUUCUUAUGUGAUCAUGUAAUGAUGUCACUUUAUAAACUGAAGGGGCGGAAUCUGCAUAUGAAGGGAAAGUAAUGUAGAAAUUAUAUUAUCCUUUUGGUUAGAAAGAAGUGAUUUGGGGUGUUUGUAUCUAUCUUUUUAUCUUUUUGUUUGUUUAUUGUGAGCUCCAUAUCUAUCAAGUGUUCCAGAACUAAAUACAUUUUUCUUUUCUUUGAGCUGCGAGAGAUAACAGUAGAUUGAGGAGGGAAAAAUAUUCAUUUCUGUUUAAAGUGUCAUCAGAAGCGUUGUUGAGAUUUCACCGUUGUGCUUUUACCCUUUACCUUAGUGUAUGUAGAUCUGAAUGUGGGCAGAGCAUAAUAUUAUUAUGGAUAAUACUUAUAUAAUACUUAUAUGGAUAUUAUAAUAAUAUUAUGGAUAAUUACUAGGAUCUGUUAAGCUGAGCUCAAAACUGAAAUUGGGGGGAAUUAACUAUAUAUGAUUCAUAAAAGCCAGCUCAAAGUAUAACCCCAUAGAUUACACUCAGGGCAAGCAGUGAAAAUACAAAGAAAAGUUUAUUUCGUGGUUCGAGUCAACUACAGUGUGAUUCUGACACUGACCAAUUCUGUUUGAUUCAGUUGUUUUGUUUUAAUAGUUGAUGCUAUCAUUACUGUAAUAUGUUAUAUCUCAGCUAAAAUGGAAUGAGUGUCGUAUGACGUGUGUGAUGAACUCAAACAAUAAAAUGGCAUUUUGUACCAAUAAAAAAA